AUGAGUAUGUCGAAACCAAUUGUAGAUGCGAUAGAGAAGCUAAGGGCUAAAGAUCCAAAGUCAAAUCUAGAAGGUCUUAACAAAGUUGUCACACUUUGUGCACAAGGAGAGAAUUGUUCAACGGCAAUUCCAGUCGUUUCAAAAGUUUUAUCCAAAACAAAUGUAAAUGCAAUCAGAAAACGCAAUUACAUCAUGUCAAAAUACACAUCUGAUGAUUCUCAAAUCGCUUCUAGCGUUUCUUCUAUGAUAGAAAUGGGUUUCACCAAUCAAAAUCCUCUAAUUUCCGCUUUGGCUGUUAAACAAGCCGGAUUAUCAAUUACUGAUUUCAAUAUCGAUCAAAUGAUUCAAAUUAUUAUUAAAGGCGCAUCACAUCAAGAUCCGUUCGUAAGAAAAGCUGCAGCAUUAUCAAUUUUGAAAUCAUUUCAUGCAUCUCCUAACUCAAUUCAGAAAUUCAAUCUUGUUCCUGUGUUAUAUACUUUACUUCGUGAUAAUUCACCAUUAGUAGCCUCAAAUGCUGCAGCCACAAUUACAGAAAUUAAUUCAUUACGGACUACACCACUCAUAAGUCCAGAAUAUUCAGAUGUUAUGAAGUUACUUCAGAUGAUUCCUCAAUUAGCAAAUGAAUGGGCAAAAAUCAACAUUUUUAAUUUCGUUUCGUCAUAUACUCCAGCAAGUGAAGCCGAAGCCACACAAAUUAUCCAAGCAUUACCACCAUAUCUUAUUUCAUCAGUUUAUGCAGUUACAAUGGCUGCAAUUCGCAUUAUUUUCAACAUGUCAACAUACAUUUCGGAGUCGUAUCUACGCGAAUCCAUGAAAUCCUCCCUCAAAAAGAUCACAGCUCUUUUAAAUAAUCCACAAGAAAUCCAAUACGUCGCCUACACCACCAUUUACACCAUUUUACAGAACUUUCCGACCACUUUCAUGGCUGACGACUCAUUUCUCCAGAAUUUCAUGAUAAAAGAAGAAGAUCCGAUUUAUAUCAAGUUAAUCAAACUUGAUAUUCUUCUCAGCCUCAUGACAUCCUCCAAUGCUCUCACAAUUGUCACAGAGCUUGCACAAUACGCGCGUUCCGAUGAAGAGAAACUCUCCAGAAAAGCAAUCCAAAAUAUCGGAAAAAUUGCGGUUUUGUCACCAACGGUUUCCGACCAAUGUGUUGAAAUUAUAGAGAAUUUGCUUCAGUCGAACAUUCCCUAUGCCAUCCAAGAGUGCAUUACGAUCAGCGCUAACAUUAUCCGCAAGUACCACGACAAGUACCAAAAAAUCAUUCCAGCGAUUUGCCAAUGCAUGCCAAGCACUUUUAGCGACGACAGAGCGAAAGCAACACUUGCGUGGAUCAUUGGCGAAGACAGUACAAAGAUCUCUAACGCUGCAGUUGUCCAGAGAUCACAUGAACUCAUUGAUACGAUAUUUGUCCACAAUUAUCAGAACGAAUCUCCUGAUGUACAAUUAGCAAUCAUGGCUGCUGUUGUUAAGAUCUUUCUGACGAAUCCGUCAAUGGCUGACACGAAAUCCAUGCUCGAACAGAUUCUUUCCAUCUCUAUAAAUAACUCUGAUAACCCUGAUAUAAGAGACAGAGCUUUCUUUUACUUGAACAUCAUAAAUGAUUUGGGUGAAAGAGCUUUGGAUAUAAUCGCUUCUCAAGAAGAUCAAUCUCUUUCCGUUGUUAGACCUGGAUUGCCUGCAAGCCUAGCUGAAACACUGUUGCCUUUAGUGGGAACAUGCGCUUCUGUGUAUCUCAAGUUCCCGGCAGAGUUCGUCCCUCCUCCAAUUAUUUGCGAUGAAGAGAAAAAUCAACAAAACACAAAAAGUGACGAAAUUGAUUUCGGAAAGAAUACUUCGACACAGACAGUUGUCUAUCCUAUUCUCGCUGAGUCUGUUCAAGAGAACUUUUGGACAGAAAUAUCAGGAAACUUCGAGAAUAGCGAGGAUGGAAUGACGAGAUGGAUAAAUCUCAGAAUUUCAAAUCAAUCAAGUGUCAAAUUCGAAAUCAGCAGAAUUGUCAUCAAAGGAAACAUCUUUGGACUUACUGUUAAGGACAGACAGACAUUUCCUACUGUUGAGUCACAGAGUUCCCAAGAUUUGAAGGUGUAUUUGACACAAACAACUCCGCCACCAAACGCAGAAUGCGAAGACGACAUAAAUGUUGCAAUUGUUGCAAACAGACCAAGCAACAUAUUUUUCGGAAUUCCUUUGACUCUUUCUGCUGUGUUGAUGCCUGAAUCCAUGGGAAGAAUGACAAAAGCAGUAUUCGCAGAACAGAUAGAGACAUUGGACCCAAGACCAAAGCCUUGCAUAACUGUGCCAAGUUCUGUUUUAAACAGUGCAAACGACGCAAGGGAAUUUUUAAACGGAAAGAAUUUGUGUUUCUUAGGAAAACAAGGAGAGUGCACUUUCUUCACGGCAAUGGCUGUGUCACAGGAUAAGAUUAUUGUUAGAAUUACGCUACAACCAAAUGGUUCUUGCAUGGUUGAAACAUUAUGUAUCAAUGGCGAAAUCGCUAAAUUAAUUGCGAAACUUAUUGUUAGUAUUCUCUCUUAA